GUCAUAUUUGCACAUCUUUGCAAAAUGACCUCUACUACUUCGAUCGGGCUCCUCUGUCAGUGGGUCUUGUGUAAUGCUGAAUAAGCACAACUGAUAUACUUGGUUUUGUCAUUCAGCCUGCGAUAUAUUACUGUAUAUGAGUGGCCAAUGAUUACAAAACGUAAGAUUGUUCUAGUACUGGCAGUCUGUUCAUUUGCGGUUUCGAGGCAGCCUCUACUAGGAGAAAGAGAACGUUGUCUUCACCUAUGUCGCCUCGCCCGAGAGAAAGACGGCUCCAAAGCACAAACAGCAAAUAUGCAGGUAAGUCAGUAGUUUUGUGUUAAGGUGUAAAAAUCUGUUCAAAGGGUAAACAUGUAGUAUAAAAAAUCGAUCACUAUAUAAUCGCGAUUAGUUUGCUUAAUGGCCCGUUUUGCACAGCAAACGAUGUAAACGAAUACAUUAAGUUAUAAAACAAUGAUACCAAAGUUACUUAUGUCAAAUCCCAGCAAAGUUUAAGAAAACGAGAUUUGUUAGUAGAUCAACACUCAGAGACGUCGUGCACUGCCAUUUCUGCACAAAAUUUUGUCCAUCCACUUCGGUCUAGUUUUAAUGUCAGUCUUCCGGUGGAAUAUUGUUUAUGAACACGUUAUUUUAAACGAUAACGCAGUGGUAGUGCGAAUCAAACAUGAGAAAUCGAUAAGUUAAUAUCAAACGCACAGGCUGAUAAGAGCAAAGAAUCAGUAAGAAAAAAAUAUAAUGAUUUUUGUGAGAGCAUGCCUCAAUACAGGAUAUUGAAAUUAUUAAUACAAAAUCGCCAGUUUCUUUUAUUCAUAUCAAGAUGAGAAUGAAAGAAACAUGGUGACAAUGUUACAAAUGCGCCUUAACAUAUUUGCGUGUGAAUCUGUUGACCCUAGCUGUAAACUACGGUGGCCCAUUAGGGACAUGGAAAGUUACUCUUUUUACUAGCAAUCGACACUUAGUAACUGUCGAUCGACACUUAGUAACUGUCGAUCGACACUUACGUAACUGUCGAUCGACACUUAAUAACUGUCGAUCGACACUUAGUAACUGUCGAUCGACACUUAAUAACUGUCGAUCGACACUUAGUGUCUAUCGACAGUUAGUAAGUGUCGAUCGACAGUUACUAAGUGUCGAUCGACAGUUAUUAAGUGUCGAUCGACAGUUACUAAUGGUCGAUCGACAGUUACGUAAGUGUCGAUCGACAGUUACUAAGUGUCGAUCGACAGUUACUAAGUGUCGAUUGCUAGUAAAAAGAGUAACUUUCCAUGUCCCUAAUGGGCCACCGUAGUACACUCAUGAGCAAGGCAUGUUUGCUCGUUCAUUUCUCGCUAUGGAUCAGCAAACUCAAAACUUUCUAGGGAAAAUUUCACAGUAAAGUCCUCAAGUAAUUUAUAUUAAUUUGCUAAAAGUUAUCUAGUUUCCCCACAACUAAAAGGAAAAAAAUUAAAGAAAUAGAAAAAUUAAACUCACUUAGCUCUCUGUUAUGCCCUAAGGGUGAAAAACCAGGGAUAAAAGAAUUUGAAUUUCUCGUCUCUUCAUGUUUGCGGUAUACCGCUGAGUCGGGCUUUUCUUUGACCGCCAGAAUGACUUGCUUUUGUAAAUACAGUGACAAUUGUGACUAAUCCCCGCGUAAAGGAAUCCGGAUUCCUGAACUCGGGAAAUUUUUGCUUGAGGAAUCCGGGAUUCGGGAUAUUUUUACUCGUGGAAUCUGCAAUCCUCUCCCGGCUUUGGAAUUCGGAUAUGCAGCUCAAGGAAGCCAAAAUCCUUCUAACGAUUGGAAUUUAGAAUCCAGCUUCCAGUGACAAAGACUAGAAUCCACUCUCUGGAAUCCGGAAUCAACGGUGCCGUGUGGAAUCCAGAAUACAAGACUGUCUUGGAUUCCCCUAAAUGGAGGAAUUUUGUAAACAUGACAAUUGUGACUUCUUGUAUUGAAUCAUAAAGCAAAUGAUAAAAAAAAGUCGAUGUACAUGUAAGUUGUCUUCCUUCGUUUUCCUUUUCUUGCUAAAAUGUGCUGCUUGAAAUUCAAGCCACUUUUUGAGUAUAUUGCGAUCUGUGUUUAAAAGGCAUAGUAUUUUUUUAACCUUGUUAUGCUUGGACUGUAAUAGCUUUUUUCAAGAAUAAACCCCAAAAAAGAAACAUGAUGGUUGGACGUCUUCAAGUGACGCAUUGAAUGUGACAUCUGACAAUUUAAAAUGGGUCAGGAGCUUAAAAAAAGAGUUGUUACAUUUUCGUAAAAGCAUUGCUUCAUACGUUUUGCUACAUAUUCUUUUUUAGUACCAAGCGCACUCAAAUAACGGAGGAUACUUCAUAUCAGAUGAUCAAGGGCUUUCAGAAACUUUCUGUACCAUAGCGUUGCUGCCAUUUUUGAUAGCAGGAAUUUCACUUUUCAUCUCAACCGUGCACCAUCUUUUAAGCAGUACUUUUUUUACAAUUAGAAACAUCUAAGUGAAAGACAACGAAAACAGUUAUUACCAGAUUAAGCCUUAAACAAGCUAAACACUCUUCAAAACUAAAUGUUUAAGGUAAUGCAGGUAUUAAAGUAAACCAAACAGCAUGUGGCACCUAACCACACACAAAGUACACGUUUUUAAAAGAACUUUAUACGUGCCAAAAAAAAGAAAGAGUAAGAGAAAAAAAAACAUAAUCCUGUUUGGAAAUUUAAAGGUUAUUAAUUUAAUCAUAAAGUGACAAAAUUAACCGAAGGCUCAAAAGCUCCUUUUCAAAAACUAUCUUAAACUAAAUGAUUUUUUUUGCUUCGUAUGUUGACGUAUAUGUCCUAAAACAAAUUAUAAUCAAACGAGCAGGUCGCCAUGAUUACGGUAAAAACCCAGGGUAAAAACCCGCUCAGUAGUAGUGGGGUAGUGGUAUUUACAAGUUCAAGAGCUCAAAAAUUUUGGUUGUUCUACGCGGGCUAUCGGUUAUUUUUCCGUUAAGAAUAACAGGCAUUCAAAAAACGCAUGAGUAACAGAUUUAUAAGUUGAAAAUAAAUUUCCAUUGCUGCUAAACGCAGGUCUCACGCAAUAAGUAGUAAGUAAUUUUUUUGACUUUCACGCAUGCUUUGAUAAGCAAAUUGAAACAAUCAGAUUUCUUUUAUGUUUGAAUGGCUGGGCCGAAACUCAGUAAAGUUAUACAGUAAAUACCCGCAUAUAUAAGAACAAAUGGUGGAUUAAGAAUUACAUCAGGGUGAAAUUUGGCCCAUAAAGCAUAUAUUAUUAUAUAAGAAUCAGUUCACCCUGAUAAAUAAAACGUGUCCUUAUAUAAUAAGGGAGAGGGUUUCGGAAUAAGAAAGCAAUGUAACUACGGUUGCUAACGCUGCUAAGCAAUUACAAAACUAUAACCUUUAGGAUUUUAUGCUCCUCAGCUGCAGCUGGUUGAAGCCGGGAUAUAAAUGUCAAAUACAUUUAAUAAACUAUCUGAAUAGAAAAGAUCAACUAAUUUUUUACUUUUUUUUACCCCUGAUUUCUGAAACAAAGUUUAAGAAAAUAUUAUUAUGAACAUCUUCAAGUUGAUUUCUCACUAAGCACCCGAUGAAUAUAAAGUAGAUAAGCCUGAACCACGAAAUCAUGUGUUCUUAUAUGCGGGUGUUUACCCCCUGGGGUGUUCACAUGACACCGGGGCGACUUUCGCGCCGGCUUGAGUUCACUCCGGUUCCCUCCCGUGGCUAUGUUUUCGCGCCGUUGCGAGUUUUCCCAAUGACAUGUAACACCCCCUUGUAAUAACUGCGGUUCCACUGCUUAUUUAAAUAGUUUGGUUUUCUGCUCUUCAGGCAUCUAGUGGAAUUCUAUCAUGCCCUCAGUGUCUUGGUAGAAACAAAGGUAAGUUGCAAAGCAUAUACGGAAUAAAUCGUUAACAUUUUUAUGAAAAAGAAAAAAAAGUACCAUGACGGUGUUAGAAUCUUAUACGGCUGGCCUUAAACGAGGUAAAUCAUGGAGGCAGUGAGGGGACGUGAGAGCUAGGGGCUAGAUCCCGCAAAGCAAACACAUCUUACCCAUGUCUAGUCAAAAGCAGCCAACCUAUCACCCGCGUUAAUCGGUAUACGGCUGAGCUGUGGGAAACCUAAGUAGCUGUAAGAAUUGACUUAAAUUCUUCGACCCUCAACUUCCAAAUUACUAUACUGUCUUCAAUCAUAAUACAUAUAACUUAUAUACAAAUUAUACUUAAAUAUGAGAGGACAUUUCAAUGCUUUCUUUAAACAGAGAAAGAUGAUUUAACUGUGUCAAGCUCAAGUAAACAUCGAAAGCGAAAAUCGCUUUCCGAUCCACAGCCUACUUCAGGUAAAGCUCUAACUCUAGAUCUUACUACUACGGAAAAUGUAAGUCGUUUCAGUUGUACACUGUUUACAGUAUGCACGCCUAAAUUGUAUGAUAAAAGCACAAUAAUUGGAAAUUUUUUGAAAAAGCAUUUUCCUUUUUGCAGGUAUCUUCUCGGUUGUAUUAAAUAACGGGAAAGGAGAAGAAAAAAUUAGCAGCAACGCAUAUUUGAAACAUGCCAGACCUUUUAUUUAGUUUAUGCAUUUUUGUAUUGAUUUAGUUACAGUUAUAAAGACGAACUUACAUGCAAACAUAUUUCAGAUUGCCCAUUGCCGUCAGAAGCACGAUUUGGGGAGUGGACGCCAUCAGAAGUAAAUGUGAGCUUUGGAAACUACGGAAACACCGACUAUUGGUACAUGAACUGCUCGUGGUCUCCUAUGAAUGGUAAGCAAAUCUAAUCAAGAAAAUCCGACACGACAGAACCUUGAGGUAAUUAAAAUACUCUCACUGGAAUUAGCUUGUCAGUGAGUCUUCAAUGCAGUGAUUUGCAAGUGUCCUCCAGAAUUCAACACUUUCAAGUGUAAAUACAGGCCAUAUAUCUCAGUUUGUUUGAUAUGUUCCUUACAUCUUGCAGAUUUUGGUGGUAAAUGGAAAAGGAUUUUGAUUCUCCUCGGGAUCGGAAAUAUCUCAGAAGGACCCAAUGGAUGUCUUACAAUUCAUCAGGGAACUGACCUUAUAUGCUUC